CAUUUCCUGGUCCGACCACAAGCACACCAGCUUUCGUGACCUGCUUUCCGCUACUCCUUAAGGCCGUGGCGAUGCCAGCACAUUCUGGCGAGGGGAGGGUCAGCACUGGGGUCCCGCAGCGGUGGGCAGUAAGCUCCGGGCGGCGGGAGCAGAGCGCAGCGGGCCGGGCAGGGAGCGCGGCGGCGCUGGCGGAGCUUGGAUGGCGCGGAGGCGGCGGAGGAGGAGCGGGCGGCACAGCGAUAGCGCUGACGGGCAGCGGCAGCCGCUCUUUGUCCCCUCCCCUCCCCUCCCCGGCGCGCCCAGCCCAGGCGGCAGCGCGGAGCGGAGCGGGCCGGCCUGGGGAUUCCCUCCCCGCGCCGCCGAGGUCGCCAUCUUCACCCCCGAGCUCGCCUCGGACGCUGCCGGCAGGGCUCCCGGGGAGCCGCCGGGAGCCUGCGCCGCGCCUUCCCGCUGCAUGUGAUCGGCGGGCGGUAGCGGCCUCCUCCGCGGAUCUCGGCUGCGUCCUCCUCCGCCCCCGGCGCGGCGGGGAGGGGGCGCGGGGCGCCCGGCAGCGGGAGACGGAGGUGCCGGGGCGCGGCGGGCACACAAAGGAGCGGGCGCCGCCGUGGGCAGCGGAGAACGUUCCAGGAGAACGUGAGGCCCUGUGACAUUUAACUCUAAAGCUGGAUAUGCAUUAAACUUUUCUCAUCGCUCUCUAGAAUUGGGGAUAUCUUCAUUGAAUAACUUGCUGCUUAAAGAAAGUAACAGAAGUUGGGAAAUUCAGGUUCACGUAACGCUAGGGACCAAAGAAGCAUUCGUAGUAUUUCUCUGGUGCUGGGAUCAACCUUCUGGAAGAAGACUCUAAAAUAACUUUUUGCCUUCAAGUUCUUUGUCCUGGGACUGACUUGUCUUUGGAGAAGAGCUCAUCAGAAAAGAGAAUUUUCACAUUGGAGCCAUUAAAAAUAAACCUGUUCAAAGAACAGGCAGACUUAAAAAGGUUGAGUCCUGCUUUUCAUCUGUGUUCCCACUUCAGACUGUAAACAAUGAGUGAGUUUUGGUUGUGUUUCAACUGCUGUAUUGCAGAACAGCCUCAGCCUAAAAGACGACGGCGGAUUGAUCGAAGCAUGAUUGGGGAGCCGACAAACUUUGUUCACACAGCUCAUGUAGGAUCUGGAGACCUAUUCAGUGGAAUGAAUUCAGUCAGCUCAAUUCAGAAUCAGAUGCAAUCCAAAGGAGGCUAUGGAGGUGGCAUAUCUGCAAAUGUUCAAAUGCAGCUCGUAGAUACAAAGGCAGGAUAACCUUGGGGAUAACUUUCCUGUUUAUGUGAGUUCCUGUAUCUUCUUUCCUGUGUCCUCUCUUUUGCCUUGGUGACUGCUUUCUGUGCUCAUGACAAGAGAAGUGAUGGCUCAUUGUUCACCCUUCGUGAUUAGUCCAGUGAAAAGUUGCUGUUCUGCUCUGAUGAUGCCACUUAUCAGAUUGGUCUGACUGUGCCUUUCAGUGGCAUGCACGCAUUGGCCUCUACCAGUAUCAUGGAUGUAGAGCUGUUUAGGAUUGUUUGUCACUUUUUAGUUGUUCUAAGGCACAUUACAGCUCCAAUCUUAGCUUUCCUCAUUCCUCAGAAAUACUAAUGCACAACAUUCUGUUGCUUUUUAGUCUUUUAAUAUUUUCUCCAUUCAAAUAGUUUAGAACUGAAUGAGUUUCCACUAGUGUCUUCAAUUACCUAAUGUUCACUGAAUUUUUGAAAGGUCUGAGACCUGCAAGCACAAAUAAUUAUUUCGUACAAAAUCAACAGAGUAGAUGACCGCAUGCUUUGUGAUGUUACUUUUUAUGGUGGCCUUCUUGGUGCUAAAAGAAAAAAAAAAAUUACUUACUGCAGAUGUGAAAAAUUUUGCUGUGGCACCAAGUCAUGCCUGUUUCUGAAAAAGGACUUGUAAUUUAGCUGCUUCAGUCAUGUCUUUAUUUUAGUUUUUAUCCCAUUGGUCUUGAAAUAAUAAAGAGAGAGCUUGCUUUCAUGAGGCAUUUGUUGUAAAUGUUCGGUAUAUUUAUUUUGAAAGAGCUGACGUUGAGACUGUAAACCAGUGUAGUACUAUAUCUAAGUGUUGUGGAAUGGCUUUAGUCUAUUUACACAGAAGAGCAACAUGUUUGGCUGCUUCUUUUUCUUUCUACAAUUUUCCUUAAUUUCAACCUGUAUAGUCAUUUCCAGUAGCAGCAUGUCAGACUACCUGCAAUAUUGGCUGAAAAGUUUAGUAGACCUUUCUAAGUAUUUGGCAGUUUCUGUGUACUAAAUAUUUAGGGCCGUGGAAGUUGCCAAGAGCGACAUACUAAUCUGGCAGAACAGGUGCCAAUGAAAACAACAUACAGGGUGACUUUUUACUGUCAGUAAAAUGCCUUUUGCUCAGGUUCCAAAGCAUGUUUCUUUCACAUGUUGUGAAACUGCAUUUUAAUAUUGCACUGUUUUCAGAUUAUCUCUGUAAAUGGUCCCUUUUUUUGCUUCUUGCUGGUGGUUUUAAAGAAGUCAAUUAUUUGAGACCUGGUUACAUUAGAUUUUUAUGAGGGAAAAAGACUCAAACCAUCUAAACAAAUACGGCAUAACUGAUCCUAAUCAAAUCCAUUUCUAUAUGCAAAUACACAUGUAGACUACUGUCAUAAAUAAUUCUUUACUCUCUUUCUAUCCUUUCCCUGAUUUCACAUUGCAACAGCUCUUUGGUUUAUUUAAGUAUCUAUGAACCUACCUAAGCUUCUCUCUCUGUUUGUAAACAACACAUAAAAUAAACAGCUGUGGAGGUAGUUUGCCUUCCUAGGUUGUAUUUCAGUGGUAGUUGUCACUUACCUGGUUGAAUAGUUCAAAGUAGGUUGGAUAGUGUUCACCGAUAAAGAUUCUGAUUCCUGAUGAGAUGUUCAAUUGUCUGGAUGGAUAAGUACAUGGCAGUGCAGUGAUACAUAUAUUUUUUUUAGGGGUUAGCAUUUCCAAUGCCAUUUUAACAAUGACUCUUAAAUAUACUACAAAACUAUUAUAAAAUUAUUUGAUCUUUGUUAUUGGUAAUAGCAGCUUAAAUUUGCUUGCCAAACCUAUCUUGCACUUGCCAAAAUGUUUUCAGCUCAAUAGCCAGGAAAAAAAAUUGACAUAUUUUUAUAACAGACAUACUUUUUUUGUACAUUGUGUUCAUUCUUGAAUAAAGUCAGUUCAGUGUUGGCUUGUAGAUAUUAAAAGGAAAGUAUUGACUUUGAUUCAAUAAAUGUUUUCUUUCAGUUGGUGGCCUACCCUUUUUCCUUUCCAUAAAUUAUAUUUGCAUUAGAAAAACACUUUAAUCUUACAGACAUAUUUGUGGUGAAAAGAGUAACCUAUUAGUAUCAAUAAAUAAAUUGCAGGCUUGAGUUUUUUUGUGGCACUUGACCCUUUUGUUGCCAAAUGGAAUAACCCAUAAUUUUAUCAGUAUUAUUGUUGCAUUGAUUUAACAUGUAUGCCAGAGUCUUCUGCAAGGAAGGGAGAGUGUCCUAAAUAUACUUUUGAAAUCUUUCCUUUUGACUGCAACUCAUAUGUGUGUUACUUUCCUGAUUGUGCUGCAGAUUACUAUGGUGGUCAGUAAAAGACUUGUCACCAUAAUAUGCUCUUCUGCAUUAAAAGUACCUGCAAGGCACAGUAUUGCCUACUCUCUGUUGGGGUCAAUUAAUUUUUAUAUUUGACACUCUCAAAGUUUAUUCAUUAAGCACUAACUUAAUGCUUUAAAUUUCAUGCUAAAUUCUUCUAAAGACUGAUAAUGAAUUCAUUAGCUCAUGCCAAGUCCAUUAAAUUGCUAGUUGAGGGUAAAAAAGGCAGGUAGAAGGAAAUAAGGUUCUAAAGUAAAAUAAAGAUUGAGAUAAAUCCAUGCUAUACCAAUCAGCUAAAGGGUUCUUAUUUUUUUUUAAUGCUGAGGUUAUAGAAACUUAAAACUGUCUACAAAGGUAUGUUUUGAAGACCAAAUGUUCCACUCUGUGUGCAUAUUCAGUGACUGACAUUAAAAAUUCUGCCAGUAAUUACUAGGAUUACUUCAAAGGCACACCCGUGAAACUGAUUGGGACUGGUCCCAUCUGCUUACCUUUACAGUCCAUCCUAGCUCUGACACUGAUUCAGCAGCUAACUCGUGGAUACUAACCUCUAGGAAAGGUUGUAUAACCACACUGGUUAGUUUCAACCUGGAUCAGUUUCCUAAUGCUUAUUCAGAGUAAGCAUGGGAGCAUGGGAGUGAAUGUCAUGGGAUCAGAGAUAAUCUGUUACAGGGAACAUUGAUAAUUUGGCCAUAGAAAGACAUUAAAUUGGUGGUUGGAGUUAAACCACCCAAAACAACAAACACAAAAAACAACAGCAAACCAACAAGAAACAAAAAAAACCAAAAAAAACCACAAAAAAAAAA